GUUAAGAGCGACCCGGAGAUCAAAGUAUCUUCCACCAAGCGUAUCCCUAACGUUAUCGAUCUAAAUCAGGGUUCGUAUCAAAAUGGAGUUAUCACUAUUGAUGCCACGGCUCAACUUAAUGGUUCGGAAGGAUUCGCGUGCCUUCGUGAUGCUUGCAUUAUGCUACCGUACAAGGUUUCGAUGAAGAAUGGUGCCACUGCACAAACGGCUGCCGCAAAUCGUUUCUGCGCCACUCUUAAUUGUGGUAAUUUCAAUGUAAUUGACUCGAUGUCGUUGGAGUUAAAUGGUAAGACUAUUAUUUCGAUGGCGGACUACAAGUUAUUCUGGAAUAAUGUUCGUGCUCAGACAGGAUACAGUCCUCAGUACGUUGAGAAGCAUGGUGCAGAGUCGUUCCUAUACCCUGAUGCUGCUCAGUCGGUAUCGUACAGUUCUGGUUCCGCUUCUACUAGUGGUGAUGGAUAUUCUAACACUAUGGCUUUCUCGUCAUCGUUUAGUACUUCCGCUCCUCCUGGUGGUGCAACUAUCCCUAAUGACGGCUUCGUUAAGCGUCUACUAUCGAAUCCUCCGACAGCAGGCGCUGAUUUCUCUAGCAGUUGGCCUUCGGUAGGUGCUGCUUCUGCUUCUACUACCAUUUCCAAUCAAACGGCUCGUGGUGCUUUUGUU